GUUGGAACGUCUUAUUUUGUGCAUCCACUUCGGCGACGAUAAGACGUAAAACAUUUUACUGAUAUUGUUGACCAAUAUUAGCAGUGGACACACAUUAUUCAUACGCUCAACUGAUAUAAAUCCGUUACCGAUCCAAAUACCAAUAGGUUUUGUUUUUCGCUAGCGACACUACGAUGGCGCCGAACGCUCACGACGUAGACCCAGCCGUCGAGCCCGAUGUGUUGUCGGACGAGUUCGGCUUCCGGCCCGAAGACAUCGUCAUAUCCGGAUUUUCCGGCCGGUUUCCCGAAUGCGACAGCAUCGACGAGAUGAGGCAGAAGCUGUAUGCUGGAGAGGACAUGGUCAACGCGGAACCCAGGAGAUGGCCCACCGGUCUAUAUGGUGCCAUCAUGAGAACUGGAAAAAUGAAGGACAUUACCCAAUUCGACGCUGAAUUUUUCGGCUACCCACCUGCUUUGGCUGAACGUAGUGACCCUCAACAGAGGAUGUUGUUGGAAGUUGUUUACGAAGCAAUCGUCGACGCAGGACUUCAUCCGAUGGCUUUGAAGGGCACCCGAACCGGUGUGGUUGUAGCUCUGUCAUCCAGUGAAACAUGUGAUUGGUGGUCCAAAGACCCAGAAAUUGUUAAUGGUUAUGAAUUUUUAGGAACCUCGAGAACGAUGAGUGCCAACCGUGUGUCCAACUACUUCGACCUUAAAGGACCUAGCUACUCCAUCGACACGGCGUCUUCUACCAGUUUGAUUGCUCUUCACCAUGGCUUCAAGCUCAUCCAAGAUGGAGUUUGCGAAAACUGUAUAGUAGCCGGAGUCGAUCUGGUGUUGAACCCGACCGUAUCGCUCAUGUUCCAAAAUCUGAACAUGUUGUCGCCCGGUGGCAAGUGCCGAUCGUUCGACGCAGAAGGUGAUGGAUACGUGCGGUCUGAGGGCGUCGUCGCAGUGCUGUUACAAAAAUCCAAAAUUGCGAAGCGCAUCUACGCGGGUGUGUUGAAUACGGGAAGUAACGCUGACGGUUACAAAGACGAGGGCAUCACAUUCCCUUCGCAAGAAAUGCAAAUCUCUCUGUUUCGGCAAGUCCAAGAAGAGGUCGGUGUUAAAUCGACUCAUCUGACUUUCAUGGAAGCUCAUGGAUCCGCUACUAAGGUGGGUGACCGUCAAGAAGUUGGCGCAAUCGUCGAAGUAUUCUGCAAAGGAAGAACAUCUCCACUUCUCAUCGGCGCUCUCAAGUCGAACAUGGGGCACGGUGAACCAGCUUCUGCUUUGUCCGCUGUCAUAAAAGUCCUCGUGGCCAUGGAAUGUAGACUUUUGCCACCCAACUUGCAUUACAACAUACCGAACCCGGAUAUCCCGGCUCUGGUUGACGGGAGAUUGACUGUCGUGGAAAACGUAGUUCCAUGGGAUGGUGGUAUUGUUGCAGUCAACUCUUUUGGAGUGGGUGGUGCCAAUGGACAUUGUCUAAUGAAGUCGUACACCCAGCAGAAGAAAGAACAGCAAGUGCUGGAAGAGCAAUUACCUAGAUUGGUGGCUGUGUCAGCCAGAAACGAAAGUGCUUUAAAUUACAUGAUAAACCGAAUCGAUCAAAUGCCCAGGGACAAAGAGUUCUAUGCUUUGUUGUAUGGAGUCCACAGCGAACACAUAUUUGGCCACAAGUACAGAGGUUAUAUUCUGUUUAACGGAAUGUACGACAAGCACCGUCAGAUCGCUGAGUUUGACGGCCAAAAGAAACCAGUCGUUUUUGUUUUACCCGGUGCGGAGACCAACUGGUCUGAUGUGGGUAACCAACUAAAACGUUUGUCCGUGUUCAAUGAGUCAAUCACGCAGAGUGCAAAUUUGUUACAACAAAAAGGGUACAAUUUACUUUCUGUGCUGAGAAAUACAGAUCCAAUAUCGAUAAGUGAUCCAUUUUUGUCCGUCGUGGCCACGACCGUUGUUCAAGUCGCUCUCUUGAACGUCCUCGCAAAACUGGAAAUAACGCCAGAUUACAUUGUCGGAGAAUCGCUCAGUGAACUAGCGGCCGCAUACGCAGAUGGCGUUUUGACAGCAGAUGAAGCAGUCUUGUCUGCCUACGCUAUUGGUAGCGUAUUGGCUGAAGCGAAAAUCACUCCGUCUCAAAGCGGACCCGUGCUAUCUUCUCAGAACGUAUCAAAAGUGUCCAAACAAUUGCAGUCCGUUUUACAAUCCAUCAUCACUAAGCCAAAGCCCUCUUCUUCUCGAUGGAUUAGCGCUUCGCAGUCAUUAGGUAACCAACCGGUGUCAUCAACAUACUUUGUCAAUAGCUUAUCCUCACAGUUAUCACUUCAAGACUCGUUGGUGAAAUGUCCCGAAAAAGCAAUUUACGUUCAAAUCCUAGCCCAAACGCGAGCGCAAAACUAUAUCGCAAGUAACUUACACUCUAGCGCCAGACACGUAAACCUGAUCACAAAUCCUAAUGAUAUGUAUAAACAGCUGUUGUUGAGCGUCGGAGACUUGUUUAAUGUUGGACUUCAACCUCAAAUUGAACACUUACAUCCACCGGUACAAUUCCCUGUGUCCGCACGUACACCGAUGAUCCAAUCGUUAGUCGAAUGGGAUCAUUCUAUUAAAUGGAACGUUGUUACAUUCUGUGGCAAGCCAUCUUCUAAAGCCGGAGAAAUCGUAUUAAACGUAGAUGUCGAUUCCAAUAAAUUCAGUUAUUUGAAAAACAACAGAAUAGACGACUUAUUAAUUUUACCUUACGCUGGUUACCUGUCAUUGGUAUGGCAAGGCUUCGCAGAGUUAUUACAUCAAGAACAAAACGAAAUGCCAGUUGUGUUCAAGAAUGUGGAAUUCCUGAGAAAAACGAUCAUCCCAGAAAAUGGAGUUGUUAAGUUUGUUUUGAACGUACUGUCAUCUGGAGAAUUUGAACUCAAAGAAUCCGAUUCGAUUGUAGUUUCUGGUCAAAUUAGCACUUCAGCUACGGUUGAAAAGGAAUUAUUGAAGUUGGCCACACCCAAAUAUCAGAAACCUCAAUACUUACCGUUAGAUUCGGCUGACGUUUAUAAAGAGUUGCGUUUGAAAGGUUACGAUUACCAUGGUCCUUUCAGAGGGAUCCAAAAAGUUGAUCACACAGGAUACCACGUCAAUUUCGAUGGAAAUUGGUUAGCAUUUUUAGAAAAUCUUUUUCAAAUACCAGUGUUGCAGUUGGAUAAUUAUAAAUUGUUUACUCCAAAAUUCGUAAAAAAGGUAGUCAUCGAUCCUACGAAACAACAAACGCAAGCUGAAAACUCGUCUAAUGGCAAUGUCAUCCCAGCUAUUUAUUACAAGUACGUUGAUGUAAUUAAGGCUGGAAGCGUUGAAGUUCGUGGAUUACAAUUAGAAGAGGUUCCGAUAAGAAACAAAGGUCAAAAAGAUCCUAAUUUAGAGUUUUACACUUUCCAACCAUACGUUUCUGAUACGCCGACAACAUAUGCUCUAGACACGUGUGUUCAAUUAGCUUUCGAAAACAGCGGAGGAGCUUUUAAGCUAAAAGUGGCUGAGGUAGGAACUGGAAGAAAAGUAGAAUCGCUGUACGCAAAAUCUGUCAUUGAUGUAAUCAACACCGAGCCAAUGCCAAGCGUGGAAGUAACAGUGUUUACCGACCAGCCAGCUCCUGUUACAGAACAACUGGAUGAAUUUGGUGUUCGCGCUGUGGAGAAGGAUGUGAACAGAUCGGAACCUAUCGAUUCAAACUGUCAUCUGGUAAUCGUCGCCGACCAACUAAAUAACGAGGUUUUGGCGAAAAACGCUGCCGACAGUUUAAAAGUUGGUGGUUGUGUACUGUUUGUGGAAAGCAAAAAACCAACAGAACAACAACUUAACUCGACAGGAUUGGAAUUGGUAGCCAAUUUGAGAUCGAAAGAUAAUAAAACAUUUGUUCUCCUCCGAAAGAAUGUGAACUGGUCUGCGCCGAUCGUGGUGAACUGCACAGGGAAUGACUUUGCUUGGAUCGAACCAUUCAAAUCUGCUCUCCAACGGGCUGAACAAGAAAAUAAACAAGUACUCUUAGUUAGCCAAGGUGUCGAAUACUCCGGAAUUUUAGGUUUUGUAAAUUGUAUUCGAUUGGAACAAAAUGGGAACGUUUUGAGAUGUUUGUUCAUCGAAGACCCGAAAGCACCGAAAUUUUCGUUGACUUCAGAUUUCUAUCUGAAGCAAUUGAAAAAAGAUCUGCUGAUCAAUGUUUACCGCGACGGCGUCUGGGGAAGCAACCGACAUUUCCUGUUGGGAGACGAUUCCGACAACAUGGUUGUGCCUAAAGAAUACGCGUAUAUAUCUACUAGAAAGGUUGGAGAUCUGUCGACUCUGAGCUGGAUCGAAGGCCGCCUGCAAUAUUACAAACCCGAAGACUAUCCGGGUAGAGAGUUGUGCACCGUAUACUAUGCGCCGCUGAAUCACAUGGACGUGCUGUUCGCUGAGCGCUCGUGGUUGCCGUUCUUCAACACGGACACUGCAGAUCAGGGCGCAUUUUUGGGCAGAGAAUUUGCCGGCCGCAACGCAAAGGGUCAAAGGGUGUUUGGACUGGUGUCCGGCAGUGCCCUCGCCACUCACGUGUUAGCUGACAGCUCGACGCUGUGGGAAGUGCCAGACAAGUGGACCCUUGAACAAGCGUCCACUGUUUCCGUUGCGUAUGUUUUGGCUUAUUACGGGCUAUUUAUACGUGGUAAACUCCAACCGAACGAAUCGGUGUACCUCAACUCUGGUACAAAUUACACGGUCUUAGCUGCUCUCAACAUCUUACAAAACAGCAACGUAAAAGUAUACGUGGGAGUUGAGAACGAAUCACAAAGAAAAUACUUACAAAAAAUGUAUCCGAAGAUCUCCAAAGACAAUCUUGUCAAUAGCAAGUUUGCAGAACAAGAGAUACUCGAAAAGACCAACGGAAAUGGUGUGAAUUUGAUCUUUAACACACUUGAGUCUACUCCAUUUAAAUUGCAGAGUUUCAUUCACACUGUGGCAGAAAGUGGACGUGUAGUAGAGUUUGAAAAACAAAAGCAGGCAAUCGAAUCCAUUGGUGUUACCGGAAACCUGAAGAAUAUUACUAUCAUAAAAAUGAACUUGAAAAGUCUGUUCCACGGGAAAUAUUCUCUACCCGAUAAACAGGAGCUUAACAAAUUUAUAGCAAAUGGAAUCAAAACCGGUGAAGUACAACCAUUGCCCACUACGGUGUACUCUACUGACGAGAGUUUAUUAGAAGCUUUUGAUAAGACCGUAAGUUUCAACUAUUUUGGUAAAAUUGUAUUAAAAGUUCGUGAUGAAGAAUCGAAAAAACUGAUCGUUCCGGUGUCCAAAAAAGUAUUGGCUGUACCGAAAACAUUUGUUGACCCAGAAAAGACUUACGUCGUAAUCGGCGGUCUUAACGACUUUGGUCUACAAAUGGCCAACUUCUUGGUGACCAGAGGUGCGAAAAAAUUAGUAUUGGUGUCUAGCGGUGGAGUCCGUACCGGGUUCCAAUCGUUGUUCAUGCGGAGAUGGAAAGAAAAAAACAUCGAGGUUGAUGUCGUUGAAUACGAUACGACUAAACUAGAAGAAACCGAAGCUCUUCUGAAAGAAGCCAACCAAUUGGGACAGGUCGCUGGAAUAUUCCAUGUGGAAGCUGUGUUACACAGCGUCUCAGCUUCGGAUUUGACCGCUGCAGAUUUCCGCUCAGCGUUCGACAAGAAAGCCGCGUCCGUCAUCAACCUCGACACGGCUUCCCGAAAACUGUGUCCAAAACUCAAGCACUUCUUCGUCUGGUCCUCGGGAACUUCUGGUCACGGUACAGCCGGCCAAGCCGACCACGGUUACACCGACUCGGUUUUGGGAAAGAUCUCUGAAGCUCGAAAAGCGGCAGGAUACCCAUCGACCGUCGUUGAAUGGGGAGCUAUUGGGGACGUAGGCCCGAUUUUGGAAGCGUAUGACGAUAACAAUGCAAUCGUUGGAGGUAGUUUGCCUCAGAGGAUCGCGUCAUGCUUGAACGUUGUCGACAACUACCUAAAUCAGCCACAUGCCGUACUCUCUAGUUCUGUUCUUGUGGAAAAGAAGAUGGCCAACGUUGUGACUGUGUCCGUUGGGCCAAUCGACGCCGUCGCCAAAGUUUUAGGUAUCAAAGACAUCAAUAAUGUUUUGGGUACGUCCACGCUGACCGAACUGGGUUUGGACUCUUUGCUGGGAACCGACAUUAAACAAGUGUUGGAACAAGACUUCAACAUCGAACUCAGUGCCAAAGAAAUCAGAGAAUUGACGUUCGACAUACUCAAGGAACUCGGAUCCAACUAGUGAUCGGUGGUGAAGUCUAAGACUGGUGUGAUGUUGCUGUGUCCUGAGAAUUGCGUAAUUUUGUAAUUUUUUGUGUUUGCUACCGUACUAUUUAGUGGAUAUUAUAUAAUUAUUAUUGUUAUUAUUAUGUCGUAGAAGUUUAAAAAAUACAGUUAACUAUCAAUAAAAUAAUUUUGUUAUUAGCUCUUAAUAAAUCAUCAUAGUUGCUACAAACA